AUGACAGAUGACAUUGGUGAGUGGUUGACUGGUGUAUUCAAGAGUAAGGAUGAUUUCCUGUGUGAAGUUGUUUGUAUUGGUCUCUGGAAGAUCUGGCAGGCCAGAAAUGAGCUGGUACAUAAUCACAAGGAGGUGAAACCGCAUUUGAUAGCGCAGGACAUAUGGUAUGCUUGCAGUGAGGUGUCGGGACAGCGGAAAAAAGGAACUAUGCAGAUGGGAGACUCACAACAGAUGAGUUUUUGUUCCAGCCAUUGGACGGUUCAAUCUGACGCGGGGUGUUUUGCCGAUGGAACAGUAUCCUUAGGCUGUAUCAUCAAAGAUCCGUGCGGCAUGGUUAAUGUGGCGACUUGCAAAAGUUUUCCAAGCGUAACAGAUAUUCUCUCAGCUGAACUGCAAGGAAUCCUAUGGGCUUUGCAAUUAGCAAAGGAUUUCAAACUAACCAAUGUUGUCUUCCAGUCGGACGCGAUGGUGCUAGUAGACUGCAUAAAUGGCCAAGAUUAUCUCGCAGCUUUGGACCCGUUGAUUUGUGACUGUAAAACUUUGUUAUGUUCUUUUAAUUCUGCUACUAUUAUGUAUGUUAAUAGAUCCUUGAACACUGAUGCCCACCAGAUGGUGAGAAUUGGCAAGAUUGCUGGAUCCAGAACCUGGUCUGGUUUAAUUCCUUGUAUGGAGGAUGUUGUAUCCCCUUUGGCUGUUUCAGCCGUCUGCUAA